AUGUCGCUGGAUAAUUUAUUUAAAAGUGAUGAAAAACAUUUUAUUUCUCCCAUAAUUGACCUCCAAAAGUUUUUGGCUGAAGCAACUUUUCGCAGUGAUCGUUUGCGAAAUUUUUUUGGUUCAAGCGAAAGUCAUGAUUCUCGUGAUAUUUUUCGUCAGUUUUUGGCAGCACGUGGAUUAAAUAAUGAAGAAUCAAAUUCUGUCAUUGAAACUGCUGAUGGAUUUUUAACUCAAAUUUUGGAUGAUAGCCCUAUGGAUGAAUAUGAAAUAACUUUUCCUCCAAAAGACAGCCAACUUAUGACACACAAAGUUCUUCACGAUAUUCGACGGACAAAUAAGACUAGUGCCACAAAGAAUGCUAUUGUGAGGAAUGGAAAAUAUUUUAAGUAUCGAGAACAGGAGUUGAGAAGGUAUUACACUCCUCCCAACUCUAUUUGUGAUAAAGACAUCGUCCUUACUGUUCAGUUAUUGAAGCCUUACAAUCUCACUCCAGAAAUACAGGAUUCACUCAAAGUUUGGAUUUUUUGGAAAACAAAAAAAAAAUUUUAG